AUGCCCGGACAUAGCCAGGCCGCGCCCUCCUGUUUGAAUUUUCUCAAUUAUGCAGAGUGCUCCAAAGAAUACAUCUUUUCCAAAGUGCUGACCCUGGUGUCUCCAGGUGAAAUGCACCUGUCAGAGGAAGCUGUUCGAUGGGUUCUGUCGGAGUUGGAGAAACGUGUGCAGUGCAGCGAUGUGCCGUGUGGAAAGUGCCUGUCCGUGGACCACGUGGGUCAGCUGGCCUCCAACUUCUCCUCCAGCCGGGUGCUGCACAUGGACGGCUACUUCCAGCUGGCGGCCGGCGGCUGCCUGUACGUCAGCGCACCUGAGCGGGCAUGCCAGGCCGCCAGGGAGGGGCGCUGGGCACAGGAGACGGACCAGUUCAUCCACAGCCUCAUGGACGGAGGGCACCACCAUCACGGGGAGGACCAAGGGCAAGGGCAUGAGGCCGGAGGAGAGGGAGGAGGAGAGGAGCAUCCAGAGCAUGAGCAUGAGCAUGAGGGCGAGGAGGUGGAGAGCCUGUUUCACCUGAUGGAGGCGCACUACCUGCCUGAACGCAACCAGCCCUGCGUCACCAUAACAGACAUCCUGAGAGAUAUCCAUCCUGAUCACCAUGGAAACGAGACGCUAGAAGGCCAUGGCAUGGGGGAGCAUGAGGAGGGGCAUCGUGAGGUUGGGCAUCAUGACCACGGCGACCUGGACGCGGUGUUUGGGGCGGUGCUCUACUACGCCCUGAGGGGACAGUGCCUGACCAGCAGGGACCUGCCUGAGGAGGACUUCUUCCUGGACUUCAUCUUCGGACACUUUGGCUCUGACAAUGCCACUCUGCAAGACCUGGACAAGGUAAUGAAGACCCUGAGCCUGGCCAGGGAGGAGCACGACCACGACCACGACCACGACCACGACCACGAUCACCACAACGAUGCACAUGAUGCUGGUGCUGCUAUGGUUGCCAUGGGGGGACAGCAGGGCCUGAGGCACCGGCAUGAGGAGCAGGAGGGGGGACACCAGCACAACAGCAGCUGGGAACAGAGCUGUUUCAGUGCCGGGGAGCUGUUGCAUAUCCACGGCCUGGACGGGUCGGGGCUGUCCCGGGAUCAGUUCUCACGCCUCAGCCCCGCGCUGGUCCAGCAGAUUCUCAGCGGAGCUUGUGGUGCCUCCGAACACAUUGUCACGCCCGGGGACAACCUCAGCCAGGCCGAGAGGUACAUCUACGCCACCAUAGCCAACGUGCUAAUCACCCUGACGGCCAUGUUUGGCAUCGCGGUGCUGCUCUGCACCUCCUGCAGCGCCGUCUUCCAGCUCUGCAUCCAGUUCUGCAUCGCCCUGGCUGUGGGGACCCUCACUGGGGACGCUCUCCUGCACCUCCUCCCCAUUUUUCUGGGUCUCCAUAGCCACGGUCCAGGGGAGAGUGGCCACAGCCAUGAGCAUGGCGAGGGGCCGCCCGAGUAUAUCUACAAGAUGCUGGUGGUGAUUGGAGGGAUCUACUACUUCUACCUGAUGGAGGCCAUCUUCUCCAUCUUCACCUCCAAGGACAAGAACAAGAACCACAACCACCAUCACGGGGACGGUUCUGAGCCACAUCACUGCGACCAUGGCAGAGCACUACAGAUGAUCCAGCAGCAGAAACAGCCACCCAGCAUCUCUCAGGCAGAUCUGGUGAAAAUGGAGGACCCUGAGCCAGUGCCUCGUACUCGUGAACAGAAGCUGCUUCCCUUCAUGAUCACCAUAGGCGACGGCAUCCACAACUUCGCAGACGGCCUGGCGAUGGGCGCUGCCUUCUCCAUGAGCUGGAAGUCUGGUCUAGCCACCUCCCUCGCCGUGCUCUGCCACGAACUGCCCCACGAGCUGGGUGACUUUGCCAUCCUGCUGCACUGUGGGCUGUCAGUGAAGAAGGCCCUACUGCUAAACGUGGCCAGCGCCCUCAGCUCCUUUGUAGGCCUCUACAUCGCCCUCUCCGUCGCCACGGAUGCGGUCGCCCAAGAGUGGAUAGCGGCCGUCACGGGAGGCCUGUUCCUCUAUGUCGGCCUGGCAGACUUGCUUCCUACGAUGGUGCAUGUGAACAGUAAGCAUCCCUGGCUGAUGUUCCUGCUGCAGAACCUGGGGCUGCUGAGCGGUUGGGGAAUCCUUUUAGUCCUGUCCUUAUAUGAAGACCAGAUCGGCGUCUUCUAGACACGGUGGAGUCCUAUGUGAGGCCAAGUCUGCCAUGUAAAAUGGCAAUCACAAGAAAGUUAUUUUACUAUUUCAGUGUGUUAUUGCAAUUUUACUGCCAUGAUUGAAAUUGAUAUUAAAUAGUUCCGUUUGGCUUUUCAUUUUCAUGACAAACUUAAGUUA